AUUGGGUUUCGGGGACCGGUGGCGGAGCCAAUCAGAGCGGGACCCGAACCGGGGGAGCAAGGCACGGAUUGCAGUUGAAGCACGUUGUAUAGACGAUUGGCAGUGAAAAAAAUAUGGAGCAGUACACGGCAAACAGCAGUGGCUCGACGGAACAGAUAGUUGUACAAGCUGGACAGAUUCAGCAACAGCAGCAGGGUGGUGUCACUGCUGUCCAGUUGCAGACUGAGGCUCAGGUGGCAUCUGCCUCAGGCCAGCAAGUCCAGACCCUCCAGGUGCAGGGUCAGCCAUUGAUGGUACAAGUGAGUGGAGGUCAGCUGAUCACAUCAACUGGUCAGCCAAUCAUGGUACAGGCUGUACCGGGGAGUCAAGGUCAGACCAUUAUGCAAGUUCCAGUUUCAGGAUCACAGGGAUUGCAACAGAUUCAGUUGGUCCAGCCUGGUCAGAUUCAGAUUCAGGGUGGGCAAGCUGUGCAAGUUCAAGGCCAGCAGGGCCAGACACAGCAAAUCAUCAUCCAGCAGCCUCAAACUGCAGUUACUGCUGGCCAGACACAGACCCAGCCGCAAAUUGCUGUUCAAGGUCAGCAGGUGGCGCAGACUGCUGAGGGCCAGACAAUUGUCUAUCAGCCAGUUAAUGCUGAUGGAACAAUUCUUCAACAAGUUACAGUCCCUGUUACAGGCAUGAUCACCAUCCCAGCAGCCAGCUUGGCUGGAGCCCAGAUAGUUCAGACUGGAGCCAACACCAAUACCACCAGCAGUGGACAAGGGACAGUAACUGUGACGCUGCCUGUUGCCGGAAAUGUGGUCAAUUCGGGUGGAAUGGUGAUGAUGGUGCCAGGGACUGGAUCUGUGCCAGCUAUCCAGAGGAUACCUUUGCCUGGAGCAGAGAUGCUUGAAGAGGAGCCCCUGUAUGUGAAUGCUAAACAGUACCACCGGAUUCUAAAGAGGCGGCAAGCAAGAGCCAAACUGGAAGCAGAAGGAAAAAUCCCUAAAGAGAGAAGGAAAUACCUGCAUGAGUCCCGUCAUCGUCAUGCCAUGGCAAGGAAGAGGGGAGAAGGUGGACGUUUUUUCUCACCAAAAGAAAAGGAUAGCCCUCAUAUGCAGGAUCCAACCCAAGCAAAUGAAGAAGCAAUGACACAGAUGAUUAGAGUAUCUUAACAAUCAGCUAUAGUACAAAGCAUCUGGACAAAUACUGUAUCUCCUGUUUCCUGUCCUACUGUUAGACAGACUUCUAAAUGGGAAAAUUGCCAUAUGCACACUCUGUUCUCUUCUUCAGAACAAAUUCCACAGUCUCAAUAAUGGUUGGUUUUAGGGUUUUAACUGCUGGGGCCCCAGUGAAAGGAAACAACUAUUGACUUUGGGUAUAUGCCUUUCCAGUUCAGAUCAAGGAGCUGAAAGUCUCACUAUUUAGGCCUUUAACAUCCUUGACAAUAACAGUGGCCCAGUGUGAAACUCCCACUGCCUCAGCAAUAACUGACAUGUUGAAAUAGGGCUAGCUUUUAAGCCAUGUGGAAUCCAUGGCUCUUCAAUCACGUGACUGAUAUUGGGAGCAGCUAUAGCUGAGAGGCCUACACCUUAACUUUGUUUCCUUCAUGUAGUCUUCUUGGUUGCACCUCACAGCCUUGGACUUCAUACUUGCUGGCAACACACUGUAGCAGCAUCUUUUCCUAUUGGAAUGCUGGUGGAACUUUGAUAAGAUACUGAAAGUUUUUCUUGAAGUGUUAUCACAACAUAAAUUGUCAUCAAUGAUCUGUCUAGGACAAAAUCUGUUAUUUCAAAGUACUGGGAAAGUAAUAAGACUUGAAAUGAUGUAGACAUGUUCUGGGGGAGGGGAUUGCACUUCUAUCCCCAGGGAAUGGGGAGUGGCAGAAAUCUAGCUGGUGUUGAAGGUGGCAAUAUGUGUGAGUUGAAAUCCUGUUUCAGUUGGUUAGAGAUGGCUGACUUGCUCUUCUGAAAUGGAAGUGAUUAUUUCCAUACACUCAAAUUGGCUGUCUUGCUGAUGCUGUUAUUUCUCCAAGAUUGGAUGAGACACCUGCACCAUUGCCCUAGCCAAAUUGUAACUUGUUAUAUCCUCCUCAGUACAAAAGAGCUAAUAGGGGCAAUCCUUUCAAGUUUUUUAUGUAAUGUUCUUUGUAAAUCUGGCACUUAACAAUUCUGCAGCCUUCAUUUUCCAUUAUGAUGGAUUUCUUUUGAUUUUUGUUUUUAAUGGCUGCUCUGGACAGGUUGUAACUGCCUGGUGUUAUGUUAAGGGGCAUGAGAAUACUGUUUGUUUUCACAGUGCAUAGUUCAGUUUUUGGAGAUAGACUGAGAUCCUUUCUGGCAAGCAUCAUGCAACUGCUCCUCCCAUCACCACCACACAACUUCUCCCUUUAUCAUUACCUACUUAGUGUUUUGUGGUUCAUCUGGCGCUGUAUUUAGUGCUUAUGUAUUUACAGUGAUAAGUUAAACCUGUGUUGCUCCCCAGGAUUAGGGUUGCCAAGUCCUUACCUGUCCCGGAGCAGGGGACUCCAGGCUCGCUCUGGGAGUAUUCGCGCGCGCGCACCGUAGGCACAU